AUGCAGCUUCGUACGUCAAUUUCGUGGUACGCUGCCUAUAAACUCGUGUCCAAGGCUAAUGAAGGAUACCCUGGUUACUCACCAGUCGCUACCUGCAAGCCAAAAAAAAAACAAGGAAUUGGAGCUGAAUUCCCGAACAUGCCUCCAUAUCGUGUUUCUGUUCUCUACAAAGCUGUGUAUUGGAACUAUUACCGCUCUUACAUGAAAUCACUCAAAUAUUUUGUAAAGAAAGCAGUGGAGGGAGGCGGUAGGAGUUUCGAGGAGCAAUUCACUUACACUGUAUAG